UCCACAUCUCUCUGCCCAGGCUGACCCCACAAGCCGUGACUACGUUAUGAAUAACGGACAACAACUCUGCCCCAAAUCCAAAAGCUGGCAUUGGAAUGACCACCGCGAAGAGCUGGUCAAAAUUGGACAAGAUGGCCGGCCCGCCAGCCCGUCGGCGUCCUCGUCCACCUCCCGACGCUUCUCCAUCCAGCUGGGCCAGAAGCACCCCAACAGGCAGCUGCAGGUGUCGAAGCGUCUGGUGGAGGCGGAGUAUGGGCGGCUGGACCCGGAGGAGUGGGAGUCCCAGCCCUCGGCUCCCGUCACCUUCAGGCAUUGUGUCAAGGUCGCCCUCCACCUCCAGGCCACUCAGACCACCUUCUCCAAGAUGUUCCUAGACGUGGUCAGGCUGCCAAAGGUGCAGGAGCUCUUGCGGGGGCUGGUGGAGUACUUCCGCGAGCUGUUCCUGCAAGCGGACCUGAUCCGUGGGAUCGAACCCCCAGCCGUAGGGAACGCCAAGGUGCUGAAGGAACGCUGGAAGAAGCGCCUGGAGGGGGUCCUACAGCCCCUCGCUGCCACCUAUGGUCAGGUCAUUCUAGGUCACGGCCUCAACAACCUCCACCACAUGAAGCGAGGACGAAGCCUUCAGAGUUAUGGAGCCCGAGACAACGAGAUCUUCGAACGCUUAUACGAGCUGGCGGAGUUGUUGGUGUGGAUUGUGUUCCGCCGGAGGGACCGGCCGGUGAUACACACUGAGGUGACGAGGCUCUUCAGGGGCAAGGUUGCCCUGGAGCACGAGGAGCAACAGCAGCAACAGCUGCAGCAGCUGCACUACCAGCAUGGUGAGGACGGCUUCGGCCAGCGACCCUCCCGCUCGAAGAAAAAGACUCCCAUAUCAGGUGUAGUGUACGAGGGCUCGGGGCUGAUGUGCAGGACGGUGCCCGACCUGCGGCUCACUGACAGCAUGAGCGCCUGGCCCCACACCACCACCACGCCCCUCACCUACGUCUCCCAGGAGGAGGGCGCGGGCGGCCUGUGGGUGCUGGGGGCGCGGCGUGGAGACCUCAACGAGUACCUCGAACCUGCCGCCCAAGAAGUAGACCAGCUUAGUAUACUUGACUGAACCUCACCACAACUGUCAACUCUUACGGGCUCACCAUAGCCCGUGCUACUUGCAACUUUUUGUUCUGGGUGGCGAAUCUUAAACAACAACUAUCAACUCGUAUUUAGAAUUUGAUAUUUAGAUUUUGCCCCUUGUGAACAUUGGUCAAAUGGUCGUUAAUCCGGUAGCUUCAUCUCCAGCUAAUGAAUGAUAACCAUUUUCUACACUAUUCAUAAAUAAUUGUUUAACUUUACUCAAACAGAGCUUA